UUUCUCGGCAGCCCACACCAGCCAGUCCACAGCAAUAUUUACAACUCGCUGCCGGGUGGAGGGGAUGUGAGGGGGGCAGAAAAAAAACAGCCCCACCACGACUCACAGCUCCCGAUUUCCAAAGCAAAAAGGGAAAGCAAACUGCCCCCCUAGCAGACAAGCUCUCCAGCGCGCAGCGAUUUGCACGAUGUUCUCAAGGUAGCAGGGCAAUUUGCUUUUUUUCAUCAUUCAGGAAAAGCAGCCGGGGGAACCACCAGUUCUGAUGCUUUGUCUCCUUUAUAUUGGCUGUUGGGAAUGAGCCCGGGUUUGACCUGACCAUGAUUCCGAGGACUGGCACUUCUUAUUUUUUACCCCCAAUUUUUAGACAUCCAGAUCUACUCUUUUUGAUUUUCAAGAAAAUUAAAUUAUUGCUGGAUUUGGGCAUCUAGACAGCACAAGGUACUUCCCUCCUGCUACUCUCUGGAAUCGUUUCUGGGAUAUUUUUCAUAUCAUCACAGAAAACAGGAGGAAUGAACGGGCAGCUAGUGAAAAUUUUGACAGCCUUGUUUGCAUUUUUCUUAGAGACAAACCACUUCAGGAUGGCUUUCUGUAAAGAACAUGAUUCCAGAUCUGGAAAAUCCCCCUCACAGACCCUGUCUCCUUCAGAUUUUUUGGACAAAUUGAUGGGAAGGACAUCAGGGUACGAUGCAAGAAUAAGACCAAAUUUUAAAGGUCCUCCAGUAAACGUUACUUGCAAUAUUUUUAUCAACAGUUUUGGAUCAGUCACAGAAACCACAAUGGACUACAGAGUGAACAUCUUUUUGAGACAACAGUGGAAUGACUCACGCCUCGCUUACAGUGAAUAUCCCGAUGACUCCUUGGAUUUGGAUCCAUCUAUGUUAGACUCCAUUUGGAAGCCUGAUUUAUUCUUUGCUAAUGAGAAAGGUGCAAACUUCCAUGAUGUUACCACAGAUAACAAGUUGCUGAGGAUUUCUAAGACUGGGAAAGUGCUGUACAGUAUCAGGUUAACAUUAACCUUAUCGUGUCCAAUGGAUUUGAAGAAUUUUCCUAUGGAUGUUCAGACUUGUACAAUGCAACUAGAAAGCUUUGGGUACACGAUGAAUGAUCUGAUAUUUGAGUGGCUGAGUGAUGGUCCAGUGCAAGUUGCCGAAGGUUUAACAUUGCCACAGUUUAUUUUGAAAGAAGAUAAGGAACUUGGUUAUUGCACAAAACAUUACAAUACUGGAAAGUUUACAUGCAUUGAAGUCAAGUUUCAUUUGGAACGUCAGAUGGGAUACUAUUUAAUCCAGAUGUACAUUCCUAGCCUGCUGAUCGUCAUUUUGUCCUGGGUUUCUUUCUGGAUCAACAUGGAUGCUGCUCCAGCCAGGGUCGCUUUGGGCAUCACUACAGUCUUGACAAUGACUACUCAGAGUUCAGGAUCCAGAGCUUCCCUUCCAAAAGUCUCCUAUGUAAAAGCUAUUGACAUCUGGAUGGCUGUGUGCCUUCUCUUUGUGUUUGCUGCAUUACUGGAAUAUGCCGCAGUCAACUUUGUUUCAAGGCAGCACAAGGAGUUUCUGAGGCUUAGAAGAAGACAAAAGAGACAAAGCAAGGAAGAUGAUGUCACCCGUGACAGUCGAUUCAAUUUCAGUGGUUAUGGGAUGGGUCAUUGUCUCCAGGUCAAAGAUGGCACCGCGGUCAAGGCCACUCCUCCAAACCCUCCCUUGGCACCACCAAAGGAUUCCGAGUCCAUCAAAAAGAAGUUUGUUGACCGUGCAAAAAGGAUUGAUACAAUAUCCCGAGCUGCAUUCCCAUUAGCCUUCCUCAUUUUCAACAUCUUUUACUGGAUUACGUACAAAAUUAUACGGCAUGAGGAUAUUCACAAGAAAUAAGCAACUCUCUGGAGUGCUGGGACUUUCUAGCCAAAGUGAUUUGCUUGUAAAUAAACAGUGAGUCUUUCUGUAAUUUGGACUGAGGAAUUUUUUUCACCCGUGCUACUGAAGAGAAUAAGACAAAAAAAAAAUGGAAGGGAAGACAAAGCAUAGGCAAAAAGUGAUUGAAUGCAAGAACAAGAAGCCGUGGGGCCAUGCACUAAGGAUCUCCUUAUGGACACUCAAUAUUGUUCUUCCAGAUUCUGCAUUGAUCAGGCAUUCUUAAACAGGAGAAAUGUUACCCAACUGUGUCAUGAAGAUAUUGAAAAAAAUAAAAAUAAAAACAACCAAUGUGAAACACCUACUAUAGGACUGUAGUGGCUACAGUACAGUGAGUUAUAAAAGGACCAAAUUUAUUCAGGAUAAUGCUGCCUUUCUAUUUGAAACAAGUCUACUGAGCUACAUUCCAUUAAAAUGUCUGUAGUUAGCAGUUCACCA